AAAAUUCGGUUAAAAUUGGAUAACGGAAACCCCAUCACCACAUUAUCUUUCUCUGCUGUUUCUCUAUCUAUGCAUGGGGUCUCUUCCCUUUCACACUACACCAAGCCCAAAUUUCUCCCACUCCAAACCCACUAAAUCUCACAAAUUUUCGCAAACCCAUGUCCCCAAACUUCAAUUACGACGAUUUUCUCCGCCCAAAUCUUACGUCCACCACAUUUCUUCUCUAUGCAAACAAGGACAAAUUCAAGGAGCUUUGGACCUACUUACACAGAUGGAUCUUCGAGGUCUCCUGAUUGGACCCCAAAUCUACGGUGAACUACUUCAGGGAUGCGUAUACGAGCGAGAUCUUUACACCGGUCAGCAAAUUCACGCUCGAAUUAUUAAAAAUGGUUAUUUAAUUGCAAGUAAUGAGUAUAUUGAGACGAAAUUAUUAGUUUUUUAUGCGAAAUGCGAUCGUUUAGAGAUUGCAAAUAGUUUGUUCGGCAGAUUGCGAGUAAAGAACGUGUUUUCUUGGGCUGCUAUUACUGGUUUGCAUUGUAGAAUGGGUUUUCAUCAAGAUGCUUUAAUGCGUUUCUGUGAAAUGAUAGAUAGUGGCCUUUCGGCUGAUAAUUUUAUGGUGCCUAAUUUGUUAAAGGCUUGCGGCGCAUUGCAGUGGAUUAGGUUUGGGAGAGGAGUUCAUGGAUAUGCAGUGAAGAUGGGUUUGGAUGGGUGUGUUUUUGUCUCUAGUAGUCUGGUAGAUAUGUACGGAAAAUGCGGAUUUUUAGGGGAUGCAAGGCAAGUGUUUGAGAAUAUGCCUCAGAAGAAUGUGGUAACAUGGAAUUCGAUGAUUGUGGGUUAUGUUCAAAAUGGGUUCUAUCAGGAAGCAAUUGAGGAGUUUUAUAAUAUGAGAUUAGAAGAUAUUGAGCAAAGCCGAGUUACUUUAUCGGGUUUUCUUUCUGCUUCAGUUAAUUUAGGUGCAAUUGAAGAGGGUAAGCAAGGGCAUGCCAUUGCCAUCUUAGGUGGAUUUGAAUUGGACAAUAUCUUGGGUAGUUCAAUUUUGAACUUCUAUUCUAAGGUUGGGUUGAUUGAAGAUGCUGAGUUGGUUUUUAGUAGGAUGGUUGAAAAAGAUGUUGUGUCAUGGAAUUUGCUCAUUUCUUGUUAUGUUCAUCGUGAGCAAAUUGAAAAGGCACUUGAUGUGUGUCGUCUGAUGAGAUUAGAGAAUAUGAAAUUUGACUCAGUGACGCUUGCCUCCAUAUUAUCUGCCUGUGCUAGUACCAAAAAUAUAAAACUUGGUAGAGAGGGGCAUUGUUAUUCUAUUAGAAACAAUCUCGAAUCUGAUGCAGUAGUUGUCAGUGGCAUCACAAACAUGUAUGCCAAAUGUGGGAGAAUCGAUGAUGCAAGGGUAGUUUUCAACACCACAAUAAACAAAGAUCUUACGUUGUGGAAUACAUUAUUGACUGCUUAUGCUGAACUGGGUUUAGUUGGUGAGACCUUGAGGCUUUUCUAUCAGAUGCAGUUGGAGAGUGUGCCACCAAACGUGACAUCUUGGAAUGCUUUGAUUUGCGGAUUUCUCAGAAAUGGCGAGAUCAACAAGGCCAGGGAUAUGUUCUCAGAGAUGCAGGCCGUUGGUGUCCAUCCUAACCUGGCUACUCUGACUUCUUUUAUCUCUGGCCUUGUUGAUAAUGGUUUUUGCAAUGAGGCAGUUUUAAUGUUCCAGAAAACGCAAGAAUAUGGGAUAAGACCCAAUGUUGUAAGCAUCAUUAACACAAUCUCAGCUUGCACGGAUGUGGCAUUGUUGCUGUAUGGAAGAGCCAUUCAUGGCUAUAUUAUAAGGCAUGAGCUCUGGUCGCAAGUGCCAAUUGCAAAUGCUUUGGUGGAUAUGUAUGUUAAAUGUGGAAAAAUAAACGAGUCCAAAAGGGUGUUUGGCAUGAUUUUAAGCAAGGCAUCACCCAUAUAUAAUGCGAAUGAUUCAUUCCUGUCACUAACACAUUGCCUGGUGCAGGCAUAAAAGCUAAAGCCCCAAGCAAGUUUGUAGAUGAGGAAGGAAUAGAAUCAGAUAGUACAUUCUUUACCAAUAUCUGCUUGCAACCAAGAGGGCUGAUAAGUACUGGAAUCUGGAUGAAGCUUUCAGGUUUAUUCUCCCUGUGCCACUUGAGCUACACUUGCUGUAAAAUUGAAUUCUGGUUUUACAUAUCCAAACAAACCUUUCAAAUGCAUAUCCAGGCAGAGAUGGUCAGAUAGGCAUAAAAUGUAAGGGAAUUAAAAGGAAACAAGAGCGCCUAAAAAAGAUUCCUAUAUGCAGCUGAAUGCAGAUCAGCUAUGAAGAACAUCCUGCAGUUUUUGCACACUGUGGAACAGGAUGACAACCAAAAUUUUAGAAAAUCCAUGGACAUUGGCUUUAUGGGAAAUUGAAAAUGUGUUAUAGUGGAAUAUGUUAUAUUCUGGAGCACAAGUUUGUGAUGGUGAGGACAAGUACAGCCCAGAGGUAUAUGAGGGAGGUUCUCUGUAAAUAGAAAGUAAGACUACAUGUGCAAAAUUAUCAGAUAUUUUCCACAAGCGUGAAGAAAAUUGAAGCUUUAUCGGUUGCAUGGAAUUUAAAACUAAACCUUUGGACUACCAAUGAACCGAUUUCCUGAAUAAGAAGGACCUUAAGUUAUAACUUAUCAACUAAUAUUAGCUUUGACAUGCGGUCCUUUUGUAACGAGGUUCUACCUUGUAAUACUAUUAAUAUUAAUGUCAUCCGAUUCCCUGAA